AUGAAUUAUACUGAAGAAUAUGGGCUUCCAAGUCAGAUUUCCAUAUCGGAGUAUCUAUUUCAUAGACUGAAUCAGCUAAAAAUAUGGACCAUAUUCGGUCUGCCCGGUGAUUUUAAUAUGCCUCUAUUGGAUAAGCUGUAUUCGAUUCCUACGAUGAGAUGGGCAGGUAACACCAACGAGCUUAACGCAGCCUAUGCUGCAGAUGGUUACUCAAGGCUAAAACAUCUGGGCUGUCUCAUAACUACCUUCGGUGUUGGUGAGCUCUCAGCUAUCAAUGGUGUUGCUGGGUCAUACGCAGAGCAUGUGGGAAUUCUACACAUAGUAGGGAUGCCUCCAACAAGCGCACAAACCAAGCAACUCUUGCUACAUCAUACAUUGGGUAACGGAGAUUACUCUGUAUUUUACCGAAUAGCAAAUGAUAUAGCCUGUCACACAGCAAUUAUCAAUGAUACUGACCUGUGUGCUGACGAAGUCGACAAUUGUAUUAGAGCAGCAUGGGGCUACCAAAAGCCUGUAUAUCUAGGAGUUCCCGUAAACCAAGUCGAUAUUCCAGUUGACUCGAGUAGACUUAAUAACCCAAUAGAUCUAAGCAUAUUAAAGAAGACAAAAGAAACAGACGCACAGGUGAUAGAUCUCUUAUUGAAACAAAUGUAUAGCGCAUCAAAACCUAUAAUAGUAGUGGAUGCAUGUGUUAGGCGGCAUGAUGCAUUGAAAGAAACGCAUGCGUUAUGUGAACUGACUAACUUUCCUGUGUUCGUAACUCCUAUGGGUAAAGGGACCAUUGAUGAAAGCUAUAAGAAUUUUGGUGGUGUCUAUUCAGGAUCUUUAUCUUCUCCAGAGGUUCGAGAAGUAACAGACUUUGCCGAUUUUGUAUUAUUUAUUGGUGCUAUAUUGCCAGAAUUCAGUACAAGUACAUUUCAUUUUGGCUUUAAGAAAAAGAAUUGUUGUAUAUUAUUCCCAACAUCUGUAAAGAUAAAGAAGGCUACUUUUCCUGAUAUGCUUCUUAAGGGAACUUUACAGUCGUUAGUUGACACCAUUGAGCCUUCCAAGAUAACCUACAAGCAUCAAGCCAAAGUAGAUAUUAUUGCACCAAAGAUGGAACCCUCAGAUUCCAAUCUGUUAAGACAAGAAUGGGUCUGGAAUGAAAUAUCACAUUGGUUCAAAGAAAAUGAUAUUAUCAUAACAGAGACUGGUUCAUCAGCGUUUGGUAUCAACCAAACAAGAUUUCCCACUAACACUAUAGGUAUUAACCAGGCACUUUGGGGGUCCGUUGGGUUUGCUUUAUGUUCAUGUUUAGGAGCUUUAUUUGCCGUGGAAGAGAAAACAGUAGUGAAGCACAAUCUUGAAAUUAAACUUCGCAAUUAUAAUAGAAAUAUCUUUACUGAAAACAGGACUAUAUUAUUUGUUGGUGAUGGUGCAUUCCAGCUAACAGUACAAGAAUUAUCGACGAUAAUAAGGUGGAAACUGAAACCUUAUAUUUUUAUUAUGAACAACAACGGUUACUCUGUAGAUAGAUUUUUGCAUCAUAGAUCGGAUGCAUCUUAUUAUGAUGUGCAACCAUGGAACUAUUUAUACCUGUUAGAAUUAUUUGGCUGUACAUCUUUCGAAACCCGUAAGAUUGUAACAGUAAGUGAUUUUAAAGAACUGCUAGCCGAUGAAUCCUUCGCCAAGCCUGAUAAGAUACGGAUGAUAGAGAUCAUGUUACCUCAAAGCGAUGUUCCAAAGACACUGAUUGCCAGAUGGCAAGCAGAGAAGGAGCUAUCAAACAAGAGAGCUGGUGACUUCAGUGAAAACUCAUCAGAGAAUUCAUCCCCUACCAUAGAUCCACACUGGGUCAAAAAGCAAUAUUUGGGGCCUGUGACACCAACAAGCAGCUUGUCGACUGAACUGCAUUCUAGGAGUCAAAUGUAUUUAUGA